AUGCCAGAUCUCCUCGAUAGAAUUUAUUGCUCCGAACAAAUUCACAUUCCACCGACAUUUCCGUAUAUAAUGAAACUUUAUUGCAAAGCAGCCAUCAGAACGCAACCGUACGAUUUAUUAAAAUGGUCAGCAGCAUAUUUUAGAGCUUUGGCAAAUGGUGAAGAACCACCUGUUAAAGAAAGAAUUGAAUUUCCACCUUACGACAGCCCUUCUGGUCUAACGCCCGGCUACAUAAAAAUGUUGAUAAAUCAGUUUGGUAAAGAUCCUGAAACGAUGAUCAGUGCACAAACGUUAUUUAAAAAAUGGAGCGAUGUUAGCUUACAGGAAAUGCUUCUUAUUAAAUUGAUAGCCCUACUUGGAGCCGUGACGAGUAUUAAUUGGGUACAAUUUGUUGGUGUGUGCGCGGGUUUUAUUAGCAAUACAUUAUCUCAAACAAUGAUUCUCAUUUGCGAAUUGUUCACGGAAGAACCGGAAGGAGGAAUGGCAACAAUACCAUUCUGUAAUUUUAAAAAAAAUAUUACAAAUUUUUUUAUUUAA